AUGACAGGCGGAAAAAUUCAUGGUGGUAAGGGUAAGUCUGGUGGUGAUUCAACCGGGCUAAGGGCGCAGUCGUCCUCCGCAAGGGCAGGUUUGCAAUUCCCAGUUGGUAGAAUCAAGCGUUAUUUGAAGAGAAAUGCCAGCGGUAAGGCAAGAGUUGGGUCUAAGGCUGCUAUAUACUUGACUGCGGUCCUUGAGUACUUGACUGCGGAAGUGUUGGAAUUGGCUGGUAACGCUGCCAAGGACUUGAAAGUCAAGAGAAUUACACCCAGGCAUUUACAGCUGGCAAUCAGAGGUGAUGACGAAUUGGACUCCUUGAUUAGAGCGACAAUUGCGUCCGGUGGUGUCUUGCCACAUAUAAAUAAGGCUUUGCUGUUGAAGGUGGAGAAAAGACAAGUUAAGAAAUGA